AUGAGGAAAGAGAAUGAUCCCAAUAUCCAUGUCUACAAGGCAUGCGCUUACUAUGCGCUCUGCCAGUACCCGGAAGCAGAAGAGGAGGCCAAGCAGGCCCCUGAUAGUCCGCUCAAAACCCGGGUGCUGUUCCAGACAGCGCACAAGCGAAACGACGAGAGCGCAAUGAUGAUCCAUCAUCAGGCGCUCUCGGACAGCAAGGAAGAUCAGCUCUGUCUUGCAGCCAUCCAGUACCUCAGGAGCCACUUCCAGGAGGCGACGGACAUCUACAAGCGAAUGCUUGUCGAAGACCGGGACGAUCUGGCUCUCAACGUCUACAUCGCCUUCUGCUAUUACAAGCUGGACUACUACGAUGUUGCGCUAGAGAUCCUGCAGACUUACAUCACGCCACACCCGAACUCCAUCAUCGCGGUGAAUCUCAAAGCCUGCAGCCACUACCAGCUCUACAAUGGCAAGGCCGCCGAAGCAGAGCUCAAGGUUCUGCAGCAGAGCUCCCAGAGCGGCAACAUCUUCCAAGAGCACGACUUGCUGCAGCACAACCUUGUGGUCUUCAGAAAUGGGGAAAAUGCCAUACAGAUCUUGCCGCCGCUUCUGGAUAUCAUCCCGGAGGCCCGGCUGAACUUAGUGAUCUACCACCUGCGGCUUGGUGAGGCAAUGGAAGCCUACAACCUGAUCAAGGACUUGGAGCCCUCGAUGCCUCGAGAGUACAUCCUCAAAGGUGUCGUCUUCGCAGCCCUUGGCCAGGCGACGAACUCGCAGGAACAUCUGAAGCUGGCGCAGCAGCUCUUCCAGCUGGUUGGGGCGUCCGCCUCGGAGUGUGACACCAUUCCAGGCCGACAAUGCAUGGCCUCUUGCUUCUUCCUCCUGCGGCAGUUCGAAGAUGUCCUGGUGUACUUGAAGUCGAUCAAAGCCUACUUCAACAACGACGACGACUUCAACUGGAACUAUGGCGUAGCCUGCGCUUCUGCUGGAGAUUAUCGGGAGGCCAAGGAAGCCUUCCUGCAGAUUCAGAACGAGAAAUAUCGUUCUGAGUUUUGCUUCCUCAGCUGGCUGACGCGUUGCCACAUCAUGAGCAACGAGCCCGACCGCGCAUGGGAGAUGUAUGUUCGAAUGGAGACGAGCAACGAGUCUUUCAACCUCCUCCACUUAAUCGCAAAUGACUGUUACAAGAUGGGACAGUUCUACUAUGCGUGCAAAGCCUUCGACGUCCUAGAACGCUUGGAUCCAGAUCCAGAGUUCUGGGAAGGAAAGAAGGGCGCUGCCAUUGGCGUCUUCCAGCGUGUCGUAGCGGGGAAAGAUUCCGCCGAUAAGCUGAGAGAGGUGGUCCACCUCCUGCAAAGCUCCAGCAAUCCACAGGUGGAGUAUAUUGUCAACCGCGUCAUCAAGAAGUGGGCCAAAGAGAAUCGCAUCAAGCUUGACUGA